GUGCCCUGCAUCGUUUCCACACUGCUGUGGCUGCCGAGCAGUGUGGACCUAGUUCAGGGGGUACACAGUUACUUUUUUCUUCGAAUAUUUAAAGAGACGGUUAAAUACUGAUUGGAUUUAUCUUAUUUUGACAGUCGGAGAUAGCCCUCUUCUCUUUACUCGUUCUCAUGAACGUUUAGCUGCGUUUUCGGCUUUUCUCUGCAUCCGCAUAGGACAUUUAGCUAACCGGCGUGUUCUUCACGUGGGUCUCCUGCCUCCAUCUAAUCUUUCAGCCGGUUCCGUUCAUUGAAAGAGAAAGUAACUCGGCGACCGGCAUUAGAACGGCUUUCGUGAUUUACAGUUUCUUCGGAGUGGUUACAUAACGUUACAGUAUAAUAGCAUUCAGCUAUGUCGGAGAAAAUGGCAUCCUUGAUUUUAGAGGACGGGACCACGUUCCAAGGCCGUCUCUUUGGGGCUGUUGCAUCCGUGUCUGGUGAAGUUGUUUUUCAGACCGGGAUGGUUGGUUAUCCAGAGGCACUCACUGACCCCUCCUAUAAGUGUCAGAUCCUGACCCUUACCUACCCUCUCAUCGGGAAUUAUGGCAUCCCCAAAGACGAGGACGGAGAGUUUGGACUCAGCAAGUGGUUCGAGUCCCCCAGGAUCCACGCGGCAGCGCUCAUCGUUGGCGAGCUGUCCCAGAACCCGAGCCACUGGAGCUCCGCCAUGUCUCUGGACCAGUGGCUCCAGGAGCAGGGCAUUCCUGGGCUGCAGGGCGUGGACACUCGCCGCCUGACCAAGAAGAUCCGUGAGAAGGGCACCAUGCUGGGGAAGCUGGUGGUGGAAGACACCAAGGCCGAGAGUAUUCCAUUUGACAAUCCAGACACCAGAAACCUGGUUAAAGAAGUCUCCAUGAAGGAGCCCAAGGUGUUCAACCCUGAGGGCAGUGUCAGCAUUGUGGCGCUGGACUGCGGUAUCAAGUACAACCAGAUCCGCUGCCUGUGCCAGAGAGAUGCCCGGGUCACUGUGGUCCCCUGGGACCAUCCACUGGACAGCAAAGACUUUGACGGCGUGUUCAUCAGCAAUGGCCCAGGAAACCCAGAGUUCUGCAAGGAGACAGUGGAGAACCUGAGAAAGGUGGUGUGCGUGGAGAACCCAAAGCCCCUUUUCGGCAUCUGCCUCGGCCACCAGCUCCUCUCUCUGGUCAUCGGGGCCAAGACCUACAAGAUGAAGUAUGGAAACCGUGGCCACAACCAGCCAUGCAUCCACAAAGGCACCGGACGUUGCUACAUCACCUCUCAGAAUCAUGGCUUCGCCGUUGACCCCAAGACCCUGCCCACAGGCUGGGAUGUACUCUUCACCAACGCCAACGACCAGAGCAGCGAGGGCAUCGUCCACAACACCAAACCACUCUUCAGUGUGCAGUUCCACCCUGAACACAUGGCUGGCCCCACUGACCUGGUCAGCCUCUUCGACGUGUUUCUGGACACCGUCAAGGAUUUCAAGGAGGGCAAGAGUGGGAAACCAGUGAAGGAGAGGCUGACGGAGCACCUGGCCUUCCCAGGCUCCCCUGACCCUGACGCCUUCGUCCGUCCCCACAAGGUGCUCAUCCUGGGCUCUGGAGGGCUGUCCAUUGGCCAGGCUGGCGAGUUUGACUACUCCGGGUCUCAGGCCAUCAAAGCUCUGAAGGAGGAGAAUGUGCAGACGGUGCUCAUCAACCCCAACAUUGCCACCGUGCAGACCUCCAAGGGGCUAGCCGACAAGGUCUACUUCCUGCCCAUCACCCCAGAGUAUGUUACACAGGUGAUUAAAAACGAGCGGCCCGACGGAGUUCUGCUCACCUUCGGGGGCCAGACGGCGCUGAACUGCGGCGUGGAGCUGACCAAACGCGGGGUGCUGGAGAAGUACCAGGUGCGCGUGCUGGGCACCCCCGUCUCCUCCAUCGAGAUGACGGAGGACCGCAAGAUCUUCGUGGAGAAGAUGGAGGAGAUCAACGAGCACGUGGCCCCCAGCGAGGCUGCGCUGUCCGUGGAGCAGGCGGUAGCGGCAGCGGAGAGGCUCGGCUACCCCGUGCUGGUGCGCUCGGCCUUUGCCCUGGGAGGUCUCGGCUCCGGCUUCGCCAACAACAGCGAUCAGCUCACCACGCUCGUCACCCAGGCCUUUGCCCACACCACCCAGGUCCUGGUGGACAAGUCCCUCAAGGGCUGGAAGGAGAUUGAGUACGAGGUGGUGAGGGACGCCUACGACAACUGUAUUACGGUGUGUAAUAUGGAAAACAUCGACCCACUGGGCAUUCACACGGGAGAGUCCAUCGUGGUGGCUCCCAGCCAGACGCUGAACGACUACGAGUACAACAUGCUGCGCAACACGGCCAUCAAGGUCAUCCGCCACCUGGGCAUCGUGGGAGAGUGCAACAUCCAGUACGCUCUCAACCCCGAGUCCGAGCAGUACUACAUCAUUGAGGUGAACGCCCGUCUGUCCCGGAGCUCAGCGCUGGCCAGUAAGGCCACAGGGUAUCCUCUGGCCUACGUGGCGGCCAAACUAGGCCUGGGGAUCCCCCUUCCAGCCCUCAAGAACUCUGUGACUAACUCCACCACAGCCAACUUUGAGCCCAGUCUGGACUACUGUGUGGUCAAGGUCCCGCGCUGGGAUCUGAGCAAGUUCCUGCGGGUCAGCACCACCAUUGGCAGCUCCAUGAAGAGUGUGGGUGAGGUGAUGAGUAUUGGUCGAAGCUUUGAGGAGGCCUUCCAGAAAGCAUUGAGAAUGGUGGAUGAGAACUGUGUGGGAUUUGACCACACCAUCAAACCAGUUUCUGAGCAGGAGCUCCAGACGCCCACAGACAAGCGCAUCUUCGUGCUGGCGUCGGCGCUUCGGGCCGGCUACACCGUGGACCGCCUGUACGAGCUGACCAAGAUCGACCGCUGGUUCCUGCACAAGAUGAAGAACAUCACCGACCACGAGCACCUGCUGGAGACCUACAACCAGGACGAGAGCACCAUGCCCCCCGAGGUGAUGAGGAAGGCCAAGCAGCUGGGCUUCUCCGACAAGCAGAUCGCCAUGGCUGUGCAGAGCACGGAGCUGGCGGUGCGCAAGCUGCGGCGCGACUGGGCCAUCCUGCCCGUAGUCAAGCAGAUCGACACGGUGGCGGCCGAGUGGCCGGCCCACACCAACUACCUGUACCUGACCUACCACGGCACGGAGAGCGACCUGGCCUUCGAGCAGCCGCACGUCAUGGUGCUGGGCUCCGGCGUCUACCGCAUCGGCAGCAGCGUGGAGUUCGACUGGUGCGCCGUGGGCUGCAUCAUGGAGCUGCGCAAGAUGGGCUACAAAACCAUCAUGUUGAACUACAACCCCGAGACCGUCAGCACGGACUACGACAUGUGCGACCGACUCUACUUCGACGAGAUCUCCUUUGAGGUGGUGAUGGACAUCUACGAGAUGGAGAACCCGGAGGGCAUCAUCCUGUGCAUGGGGGGCCAGCUGCCCAACAACAUCGCCAUGCCGCUGCACCGGCAGCAGUGCCGCAUCCUGGGCACCUCGCCCGAGUUCAUCGACUCGGCCGAGAACCGCUUCAAGUUCUCCCGCAUGCUGGACACCAUCGGCAUCAGCCAGCCCCGCUGGAAAGAGCUGUCCGACAACGAGUCUGCCAUGCACUUCUGUGAGACGGUGGGCUACCCGUGUCUGGUGAGGCCCUCGUACGUGUUGAGCGGGGCCGCCAUGAACGUGGCGUACUCGGACCGAGACCUGGAGAAGUACCUGAGCAGCGCUGUGGCCGUGUCCAAGGAGCACCCUGUGGUCAUCUCCAAAUUCAUCCAGGAGGCCAAGGAGAUUGAUGUGGACGCAGUGGCGUGUGACGGCCUGGUGGUGGCCAUCGCCGUGUCUGAGCACGUGGAGAACGCCGGCGUGCACUCGGGGGACGCCACGCUGGUGACCCCGGCGCAGGACAUCAACCACAAGACCAUGGAGCGCAUCAAGAUGAUCGUCCACGCCAUCGGCCAGGAGCUGCAGGUCACCGGCCCCUUCAACCUGCAGCUCAUCGCCAAGGACGACCAGCUGAAAGUGAUCGAGUGCAACGUGCGAGUCUCUCGCUCCUUCCCUUUCGUCUCCAAGACGCUGGGGGUUGACAUGGUUGCCCUGGCAACGCAGCUGAUCAUGGGACAGGAGGUGGAGACGGUGGGAUUGAUGAGGGGAACCGGCAUUGUGGGCGUCAAGGUGCCCCAGUUCUCCUUCUCGCGGCUGGCCGGCGCCGACGUGGUGCUAGGGGUGGAGAUGACCAGCACUGGGGAGGUGGCCUGCUUCGGGGAGGACCGCUACGAGGCCUACAUCAAGGCCAUGCUCAGCACGGGCUUCAAAAUCCCCAAGAAGAACAUCCUCCUCUCCAUCGGCAGCUACAAGAAUAAGAGCGAGCUGCUACCCACUGUGCAGGCCCUGGAGAGCCUGGGCUACAACCUCUACGCCAGCCUGGGCACAGCAGACUUCUACACAGAGCACGGAGUCAAGGUGAUGGCAGUAGACUGGCCAUUCGAGGAGGAGGAAGCGGACUGCCCCAACAGGGACAAGCAGAGGAACAUCAUGGACUACCUGGAGGAGAACCACUUCGACCUGGUGGUCAACCUGUCCAUGAGGAACUCCGGCGGCCGGCGCCUGUCCUCCUUCGUCACCAAGGGUUACCGCACGCGCCGCAUGGCAGUGGACUACUCGGUGCCCCUCAUCAUCGACAUCAAGUGCACCAAGAUGUUCGUACAGGCACUUCGCCAGAUCGGUCAAGCCCCGGCCGUCAAGACCCACGUGGACUGCAUGACGUCACAGAGACUCGUCCGUCUUCCAGGUCUCAUUGAUGUCCACGUGCACCUGCGUGAGCCUGGAGCCACUCACAAAGAGGACUUUUCGUCGGGCACGGCGGCUGCCCUGGCUGGCGGCGUCACCAUGGUGUGUGCCAUGCCCAACACCAACCCCGCCAUCAUCGACCACAACUCCCUCGCCAUGGCACAGAAGCUUGCAAAGGCAGGGUGCCGCUGUGACUAUGCCCUUUACCUGGGAGCAGCCUCCGACAAUGCUGCCAUCCUGCCCUCCAUCGCAAGCUCCGCAGCGGGCCUGAAGAUGUACCUGAACGACACCUACUCCACGCUGAAGAUGGACAACGUCUCCCUGUGGAUGGAGCACUUUGAGAAGUGGCCGAAGCACUUGCCCAUUGCAGCGCAUGCUGAAAAGCAGACGGUGGCGGCCAUUUUGAUGGUGGCCCAGCUGUACCAGAGAGCUGUGCACAUCUGUCACGUGGCCAAGAGGGAGGAGAUCCUGAUCAUCCGCGCAGCCAAGCAGAAGGGCAUCCAGGUGACGUGCGAGGUGGCGCCACACCACCUCUUCCUGUGCGAGGACAACGUGCCGGCGAUCGGCCAGAGCAGGGCGAAGGUGUGCCCGAUGCUGGGCACCAGGGAGGACAUGGAGGCCCUCUGGGAGAACUUGGACAUCAUCGACUGCUUCGCCACCGACCACGCCCCUCACGCAGUGGAUGAGAAGGACCUGGAGAAGGCUCCCCCGGGCUACCCGGGGCUGGAGACCAUGCUGCCCCUGCUGCUCACCGCCGUCAGCGAGGGGCGCCUCACGCUGGACGACAUCAUCCUGAGGCUGUACGAGAACCCCCGCCGCAUCUUCAACCUGCCCACGCAGGAGAACACCUACGUCGAGGUGGAUCUAGAGCAGGAGUGGGUCAUCCCUAAGCACAUGCAGUUCACCAAGUCCAAGUGGACACCCUUUGAGGGCAUGAAGGUCAAAGGUCGAGUGAGGAGAGUGGUGCUCAGAGGAGAGGUGGCCUACAUCGAUGGACAGGUCCUAGUGUCCCCAGGCUAUGGAGAGGAUGUGAGAACCUGGUCGCCUGCCUUACCAGCCCCUGUCCUGAAAGAGACGGUGAAGGAGCCUCCGAAGACCCCUGAGCGAGCACGCCUGUCCACCCCCAGUGAGGCCCUCCGUGGGAGACCCCCUAGCCCACGCCGUGGGGGCACAGGGGACGGCCGGUUCAUCCAGCCCCCCCGCAUCCACCGCGCCUCCGACCCCGGCCUCCUCCCAGCGGAGGACUCAGGCAGCGCAAGGAGAGCUUAUGAUGCAGACGUGGCCGCCUCCGCAGACCCCUACCCCCACCCUCCGCCUCUGUCCAGGAUCCUCUCCCCCCUGGCAGGCCAGACCCCUGCCGUGGCUCACCUGCAGACCUCCCCCCUGCUGCACCCGCUGGUGGGACAGCACAUCCUGGCUGUGCGCCAGUUCAGCAAGGAGCAGAUGUCUCACUUGUUUAAUGUGGCUCACACACUUCGCCUGCUGGUGCAGAAGGAGAGGAGUCUGGAUAUUCUGAAGGGGAAAGUGAUGGCCUCCAUGUUCUACGAGGUGAGCACGCGCACCAGCAGCUCGUUUGCGGCGGCCAUGCAGCGGCUGGGCGGCUCGGUGGUCCACUUCAGCGAGGCCACGUCCUCCACACAGAAGGGCGAGUCGCUGGCCGACUCCGUCCAGACCAUGAGCUGCUACGCCGACGUCAUUGUGCUGCGCCACCCCACUCCUGGAGCCGUGGAGACUGCAGCAAAGUUCUGCCGAAAGCCGGUGAUCAACGCUGGGGACGGCGUCGGGGAGCACCCCACCCAGGCCCUGCUGGACGUCUUCACCAUCCGAGAGGAGCUGGGGACCGUCAACGGCAUGACUAUCACCAUGGUGGGUGACCUGAAGCACGGGCGGACGGUGCACUCUCUGGCCCGGCUGCUGACUCAGUACAGGAUCACGCUUCGCUACGUGGCGCCCAAGAACCUCCACAUGCCUGAGGAGAUCGUGAGCUUUGUGGCCUCCAAGGGCAUUAAGCAGGAGUACUUUGACAGCAUUGAAGAGGCGCUGCCUGAAACUGACGUUGUGUACAUGACCAGAAUCCAGAAGGAGCGCUUUGCCACUGAGGACGAGUACAAGGCUUGCUUUGGCCAGUUCAUCCUCACACCCCACAUAAUGACUGGAGCGAAGAGGAAGAUGGUGGUUAUGCACCCGUUGCCCAGGGUCAACGAGAUCAGCCCUGAGGUGGACUCGGACCCCAGAGCUGCCUACUUCCGGCAGGCUGAAAACGGCAUGUACAUCCGUAUGGCUCUGCUGGCGACUGUAGUGGGAAGAUGAACCCCCCCACACACCAACAUGAAUGCAUUCAUGCUUACGGUUAUGUGUACAACACACCCUCUCUUGUAUGAAUAUCCUGCUGCCCCUCUUAAGGCACCUAAAUCUUUUCUACAGUAGUAUGCAAAACUCACAAAGGGAAGACUCGUAAGGGAAGUUGUAGUAAGGGAAAUAGUAUUCUGGUCCAUCACUGACGAGGGUUUUUAACUUGAGGUCUGUGGACAAGUCAUUCCUGCUGUUGAUCCUUUUUUACCUAACGACUGUUUUGUUAUAUUGUGUCCGUUAUUGACUGCACUUCCACUUUAGAUCAAUCCAACUAACCUCUUGUGGAAUUCUCUCUCAACACUACAUGUCUGUUAGGGAAGGAGAUUUUAGAAUCUUGUCCACGGAUUAUCCAUCUUUUUUCCUGUAAUGGUCUGUUUUUGUGGUUAAAAGGGACCUUGCACAUUUCAUUCAUGCAGUAUUAAACUGACAACUUUGCAAGACUGUUUUUGGUACUGUCCUGGGAAGAAUGUUAUGUAUUUUUAGGUAAAUUAAUAAAUAAAAAAAAACACUUCACUGGGUUCAUUGUAUGAAGUGUG